AAUGCAGAGUUUCAUCCGGAGUUACAUUACAAGUUUAAAUGUCGAGUCUUUCAAUUAGGAAAACAAUGAAUAGAAUGGGUUUAACGUGUUUUCAUAGUACAUAACAUCACGUGAUACAGUUAGGGUAGCUGCAUUGGACCAAGCUUGAUCACUUACCACAAUGGCAGGUUCAAGGACGGGUUACACUACCGACCGGCGUGGGUCAAGGUCACCAAGAAACCAGGACCCCAACCGCCAGCAGCAGAGGCGUGCCAGCAACCUGUCUGACGUGUACAGGAGCCCGCAGGUUUACGCCGGGCUCCUGCAGAGCUGCAACGUCACGCCCUGGUCCUCGACCCGGAAAUGCCUACUCUUGACCCCGGCUUUUGCCGUCCAGUAUCUCUCAACGUUCGUCGCCCUCUUCUGUAUCCCUAACCUUGACCUCAUGAACUUGCCUGGGAUGUUGAAGGCCGUUCCUCUCGCGUGUGGUGGGGUGGUCAGCAUAGUCAUGACUACCGCGGGGAAGGUGGUGGUGACAAGAUGGUACGGGGAACGGAAGUUGAAAGCGAGGCUGAUACUCGGAUGUAUGACGUAUUUCAUGGUGGGGGCGGUACUGGUGGUUUUGGCGAACUUAGAGCGUGUCAUUCACGUGAGGUCAGCUGACCUGAAUCAAACAACUUCCCAGAAUUCCACAUCUCAUCCAAAAUUGGGCAAAGAUCCUGUUUUAGUCUGUGCUGACCGUAUCACCUAUAACCAAAACAUUUCGACCCUAAAGGCUUCAAGCAAUGAGACUUACACGGUCCCGGUAUUGACCAAGGCUAUGGUAUCUGUAGGCUACGUCAUUAUGUCUUCAUCACUGACCAGUGGUCACUACAUGUUGAGCAGUAUCGCGAUGUCCGUCACACCAGCGGGGGGCGAGGGCAACAUUGACUUGAUAACUACUGUGACGGCAGCUUUAGGGGGCUGUAGUGUCAGCUUUUUGGGCGUCUUGGACUUGGCGUCAGGUCCAGUCACACCCCACGACUCCGCACACCGCUUGCCCACACAAAUCUUCAUGGUCUGCAGUCUCGGCAUCGCUUUCCUCAUCGCCUCAACGGUUUGCUCGGUGUUGGCGUGCUACAGUGACGUCAUCUCCCGGAAAUGCUCCUCUCGUCAAGAUGACGUAUCAGACGACGCUCCGCCCCCAGGUGACAGACGACCAACGAGAACGGCGCAGGAGAUUUUCGACGAGUGCGCACCUCUUCUGGGCAUACCGCAGGCCGGGUCUCCGUACUACACCAACGCCGCUUCCGGAAACGCGCUGACCUACAAUCCAAACGAGGCUGAAGAGUUCGGGACAGUCAGCGAGUCCAACGUGCUGGAUGACCCGUACAUGCCGAAACCUGACCUCAUCAAGCACCAGAGUUUCACAUCCCCCACUACAGCCCUUGCAGCCAAAUCACAAUCCUGCAUCCACUUCCUCAAAACACAUCGCCAUUUUUUCUUCGCCAUGGUGCUGGUGUUCUGGUUGAACAGCGCAUGCGUGACCUUUGAGUUUACGUCAUCCUGGCUUAUGGCUCAUGUGGUGUAUGAAGCUGACGUCGACGGGUUGAAUGCAUGGAAAGGUACCCGAGUGGCCAGCGCUGGGCUGUUGAUCAUGUACUCAGCCUUGAUUUGCGUCCAUCUUCUUCACGUGAAACUUAAUACUCACAUUAACUGGAAGAAGCUUGCGUUAGGGGCGAGCACUCUACUGACUGUUGUGUUACUUCCCCUGGCCAUCACCCACAACCUUAUUGUUUACUUGGUGGCCUCGUGCGUCCUGGGGGGUUUUAAGGCGUUCAUUGCAGACAUGCCACGUCUGCUCACAGCUCAUGUCGUCCGUUCUCAGAUUGGUUUUCAUACAAGCACAGUCACCCAGCUGCUGAUAGAAACACCCACCACCAUCUUGUACUGCGUCCCCGCCCUCAGUCUGAUCGUCUCCUCCCUGCUCGUGCCGCCCCUGACCAGCGCCACCAAAGACGACGCCCUGUCUGUGUAUUACUCUGUGGCCAAUACAAUUUUGGCCUGCUUGGGGCUGAUGAUAAUUUUAUAAACUAGCCAGCUAUACGAGUAAAAAGUAAGGAUACAGGGUACUGUCUCGUUAGGACAUAGUCCUGUCCCACUAGGACAUAAACCUGUCCCACUAGGACAUAGACCUGUCCCGCUAGGAAAUAGACCUGUCCCACUAGGACAUAGACCUGUCCCACUAGGACAUAGACCUGUCCCACUAGGACAUAGACCUGUCCCACUAGGACAUAGACCUGUCCCACUAGGACAUAGACCUGUCCCACUAGGACAUAGACCUGUCCCACUAGGACAUAGACCUGUCUCACUAGGACAUAGACCUGUCCCAC